AAUCAUCAAAGUCAAAGUCAAAGAGAGUGAAAAAGUCUGCUGUAAGUUUGAAAGUUGAGACGCCCGAUAACAAACCUUUAAGAGGUACCAGGCGCUCCCCUAGAAUCACUCAGAAGGUCAAGGUCUCGCUGACAAGCUCGAGGAUUGAAGUCUUGAAGGAAAAUGUUAAGAGAGGCCAGAAGAAGAAGGUGAAGGAGGAACAGAUGGAGGAGGAGGAGGAAGAGGAGGAAGAGGAGGAGGAGGAAGAAGAGGAGAUGAUGGUAGAUAUCAAACCUCUGAAAGAAGAGCCAGACUCUGAAAUGAGUGACGGUGAGGAGCUAGAGACCCCUGGUUUAUCAGAAUAUGAGAAGAGGAGGCUGGAGAACAUUUCAAAGAAUGCAGACUUCUUUGCUUCACUUGACAUCUUCAAGGCCAAGGAGAAUUUCUUGGCGCUUACACCGCAGGCCCAGAAACCCAAGAGACAGACGAGAGGACUUAAGAGCCAGAAGAGGGAGUCUGCUCCUGUGGAACGAAGGCCGCGCUCGCUCAGGAUACAGAACAAGAGCCCAGAUGGAGCAGAGUUGCCUGAGAACUUUAGAGAGCCAACGUAUACCCCUUAUGUUUCCGAUGUUAGAAGUCGUGAGAGGCUGCCCUCCGACCCGGUCAAGAUGGAUGCCACCAAUGUCAAGAAGGAGGAGAAGACAGAUGCAGGGACGGACUUUGUAGAAGGUCUCGCUGCCCUCGCCAGGGGUGAAAAGACCAGUGUCGCAGCUGACGACAAGGACUUGAACAAGUUUGCGUCACAACUGCAGAAGAUGAAGAUGAAGCCUCGAUACAUGGCCAAGGUGGUGCCUGACCGCAUCUUCUCCGUCGCUGUUCAUCCCUCGGUUGACAAGACCGUCGUAGUGGCUGGUGAUAAGUGGGGAAAGAUUGGACUUUGGGAUGUGAAUUCCACUGAAGGUGACGAUGGUGUCUUCCUGUUUGCUCCGCACACCAGGCCUGUUAAUUGCCUUAGAUUCUCACCCAGCGACCCUAACAAGCUCUUCUCUGUUUCAUAUGAUGGAACAGUUCGAUGUGGCGACUUCGCCAAAGCCGUGUUUGACGAGGUAUAUGUGGCAGAUGAAGAUGAAGUUAUCUGGACCAACUUUUUUGAUUUCAUGUCGGCAGACGGUAGCUCCCUCCUUGUAACGCAGAAUGAUAGGACUGGAAACGUAGUUGUAGUUGACACGCGAUCGAGAAAGGGUGGAGAGAAUGUUUACAAUGUACAUUCAAGGAAUGCAAAGACAGUCUCGGUCCACCCCACAAUGCCACACUACUUCGUCACAGCUUCAACUGAUCGUACUGCUGCAUUGUGGGAUAUCCGCAGCAUGAAGGGAAAGGGAACCAAUAAACCAAUUGCUGAGAUGCCUCAUUUUAAAUCUGUCAGCUCUGCAUUCUUCUCACCGAUCACUGGUUCAAAGAUCCUUACAACAUCUCUGGAUGACAAAAUCAGCAUCUUUGAAACUGAGAGUGCUAAGGAGGGUAAAGUGACCGGUGUAAAGAGAACUUUGUGGCAGAGCCAUAACAACUGGACCGGCCGAUGGUUAACGGUAUUCCGUGCAGCCUGGCAUCCCAGACGAGAAGAUGCCUAUGUUGUAGGAAGCAUGUGCCAACCACGAAGGAUCGAGGUGUUUAGCUCCAAGGGGAAGCUCGUCCAUCAAUUCUUUGACGAGUACCUCGCAUCGGUGUGUUCUAUCAACGAAUUUCAUCCUACAAGAGAUCUGCUGGUGGGUGGCAACUCCAGCGGGAAGCUUCAUGUCAUCAUGGCAUAAACCAGGGGGGCGCUUCACAAAACUUGUCAUCAGUGACACAUGACAGUUUUUGUUAUAAGCUACUGAAAUCCUUGCUUCUGCAGAUUUGUCACUGGUUUUCGUCAUUUGUCAUUGGAAAAAGGCUUUGUGAAAUGGGUCCCUCGAGAGGUCACUCUGCCACCGUUUCAUCUGCAUCGUGGACAUCUUAGCUGGUCUUGGAGGUUUGUUAUUUCUUCUAGUGAGAACUUGGAUCAGUGCGCUCUUUAAAGACCUUUCAUUCCACAAGAGACUCCAGCGGCGAUCUUCAUGUCUUCAUAGCCUAAACUUUAGCCAAGAGAGUAAACUACAUUGUAGGAGAGGCCGUUCUGCCCGAUAUCAUCUGCAUCGUGGACAUUCAAGUUGGUCUUGGAGGUCCUUUAUUUCUUCUAGUGAGAACCUUGGAUCAGUGCGUUCUAUCAAGACCUUUCAUCCCACUAGAGACUCCAGGGGCGAUCUUCAUGUCUUCAUAGCCUAAACUUUAGCCAAGAAACUAAAACAGUGUGAGUAAAUUAGACGAGGCCAUUAUGACACUAUUUCAUCUGCAUCCUGGACAUUUAAGUUGGUCUUGGAGGACCUUGGAUCAGUGCGUUCUAUCAAGACCAUUCACCUCACAAGAGACUCCAGCGGCGAUCUUCAUGUGAACUUCAGCUAUGAGAGUAUGUUUUGACUUGGCUUAAUUGGCACUUGGGCACUUGGACACUUUAGUUGGCCUGGGCCCCCGUUUCAUAAAACUUGAAAUCAAUAAAUUUAUUUUUACAUCAACUUACCUGCAAAUUGGAUAUUAAAGGUACUAUGUCCCUUUUGCA